GUUGUAUGGCUUGUCGUCGACAUGUUGCAACAUCCGUUCAAUGAGCAGCAGCAGCACCAGAACCAUCGCGAUAGUUUCCGUUCCUAUGUGACUGUUUACGAGAACGAACCGCAAUCGGUUGCAUGGCUUGUCGUCGACAUGUUGCAACAUCCGUUCAAUGAGCAGCAGCAGCACCAGAACCAUCGCGAUAGUUUCCGUUCCUAUGUGACUGUUUACGAGAACGAAUCGCAGUCGGUGAAAAAUGGCGGAGAUGCACCGGAUUUUGCCCUUCUGAAUGGUGAAAUUAUUUCAUCGCAAUGUGAUGAUGUACUUCUCUAUCCACCGUUCGAGGAGAAUUAUUUCGGCAAACUUUACUGCACGAAUUUCCGCAUCUGUUUUGUGCCUCUCACUCAGCAGCAACAGCGUGAUCCGUGUUGCAGUCGGUGCCUGUUCUUUGACGAUGAUCACCAAGUGCCGUUGUGCUGUAUUGCAGCCGUACACUACACUUCUUCGCCUAUCGGUAUGGCAGUAUUCCAUUUUUAG